AUGGCGAGCGCCUCUAAACCAAUUUUAGCCAAUUAUAUGAUCCUCUCAGCCAAUCACAUAAUUCCUUCUAGUCAGCUGAUGAAGCCUCCCUGCACCAAAUACUGCCUCCAGCAGGACACCUUUGUUCCUUAUAAGGAAAUCAUCCUCAUGUAUUUAGAAAAAGCAAGGACCUUUGUGAAUGGACAGUGUGCUGGCAUUGAACCCUGGCAAUUGAUUGGCUCGACAUUUGCUUCUACUCUGGUGGUGGUGUGGCUGCACGGUAUCCUCUUCCAACCAGAGAGUUUAACAUCACGAAGUAAAAAAUGGUUCUUUAAAACUCUAAGAAAACUGCCUUUUGUUGGCGCCAUAAUACAGAAGCAGUUUAAUAAGGCCUUGGAUGAUGUAGCCUCUGGUUUGCACUUCCUGAAUGAUGGAAAGAGUUAUAUCAAAGCAUUGCCAGCGCAAGGCAUGAGCCAACCUGUACUACUAGAGAAGAUGAAGGAGUACAGCUCUAUGGGUAAAGUACAUUGGGAGGAUGGGAAAGUCUCUGGGACAGUAUACAGCGGGGAAGAGAAACUCACUCACCUGCUAGUGAAGGUUUAUGAGGAGUUUGCAUGGAGUAAUCCCCUUCAUCCAGAUGUAUUCCCAGGCCUGAGGAAGAUGGAAGCGGAGGUGGUGAGGAUGGCCUGCACACUCUUCAAUGGGGGACCUAAUUCCUGUGGAGUAAUGACCUCUGGUGGGACUGAGAGCAUUUUGAUGGCCUGUAAAGCCUACAGGGAUCUAGCCUACGAGAGAGGAAUCAAGCACCCAGAAAUACUGGUUCCAAUGAGUGUUCAUGCAGCAUUCGAUAAAGCAGCUCAUUAUUUUGGACUGAAGAUUGUGCACAUACCGUUGACCAAGACCAUGCAAGUGGAUGUUCAGGCAAUGAAAAGGGCUAUUUCAAAGAACACUGCGAUGCUGACCUGUUCAGCUCCCCAGUUCCCCCAUGGAGUUAUGGAUCCAAUUGAGGAGGUGGCAAAGCUGGCACUGAAGUAUAGAAUCCCCUUCCAUGUGGAUGCCUGUCUGGGUGGCUUCCUCAUUGCUUUCAUGGAGAAGGCAGGGUUUCCACUACAGCGUCCAUUUGACUUCCGUGUGGAAGGCGUGACUAGCAUUUCUGCAGAUACCCACAAGUAUGGCUAUGCCCCAAAAGGCUCUUCAGUGGUAUUGUACAGUGACAAGAAAUACAGGCACUAUCAGUUCUUUGUUGCACCUGACUGGCAAGGGGGCAUCUAUGCCUCCCCCACCAUUGCUGGCUCCAGACCUGGUGGCAUCAUUGCAGCUUGCUGGGCAACCCUGAUGUACAUGGGAGAAGAUGGUUAUGUUGAGGCUACUAAGAAGAUCAUUAGUACUGCACGGUUCAUUGAAUCAGGGUUGCGGAAAAUUGACAACAUCCAAAUCUUUGGGAAACCUGAGGUGUCUGUCAUCUCUAUCGGAUCAGAUGUUUUUGACAUCUAUCGGCUGUCAAAUUUGUUAAGCACUAGAGGAUGGAACUUAAAUGUCCUGCAGUUCCCGUCAAGCAUCCAUCUCUGCAUUACGCUAUUGCACACAAAACCUGGCAUUGCAGAACAAUUCUUGGAGGAUGUCAGAGACUGUGUCUUAGAGAUCAUGAAGGACCCUAAAGCCAAGACCACUGGCAUGGGUGCCAUCUAUGGAAUGGCGCAGUCCAUCCCAGACAGGAACAUGGUAUCAGAGAUUUCUCAUGCAUACUUGGACUGCCUCUAUAGCACAGACAUCCCUUCCAGUGACAAACACAUGAACGGUUCUCCUGGACACUCCUGA